UUACGUCUUCACCAUUCUUCUUGCCGAUCACGUUAACUGCCUCUUGCUGUAAGUAAAGGAUAAUUGAGUUUCUUUUUUCUUGUUUGAUCAUCCAAUUUCUUUCUUUUUUUUCUCUUUUUGGAUUCUCGGUUUCAUUAUUUAUAUAGCUUAGGAGCUCUGUUUUUUCAAAUUUUCAAGAUAAACAGAGUUGUAAAUAUACAUAUUUACAUUGAUUGAUCUCACAAUUCCUCGAUUAGGUAUAGUUACAAUUUUUUCCUUUUAAUUUCGAUUCCUUUCGUGGUAUGAAUACUAGUGGUUCCAUCGGAAUAUACACCAUGAAGCCCUGUUGUAGAAUCCUAAUUAGAUGCAGAAGUUCGGUCUUCUUCGGAACCUCACAGCCGAGAUGUCAUCACCAUUUUGUUGAUAAUUUGCCGACUUUUCGAUCCAAACUAGUCCAAGACCGCCAAUUCCAUCGUUGUUCUCCUCGACUAUUUGGGUUUUCACGUCUAAUCGAUCCUAGUCAGAGACACUUCCGUCGUCUCGAUUCCAGUUCGGGCCAUUCUAGGGUUUCUUCCGAUUGUUGUAACCUCGGUAGAGGUAGGGCUUCUUCUGUGAUUUUGAAUGUUGCCUCUGAUGUGCGGCAACAUUCCACCUCCGCUGAGGCUCAUGUUAACGAGAAGAGCUUCGAGAGGAUUUACAUUCAAAGUGGCAUGAAUGUGAAGCCUCUUGUGGUAGAAAGGAUCGAGACAGAUGUUGGUGUUGGGAAAGAGGAAGAAGAACACAGAGUAGAAGAUAAUCGUUUGAAUGUAGAUUUAGGAAACUCGGAGGUUCUGGAUGAUGCUGCCGUCUCGACUCAACGAAGAGAGGUGUCGGAGAUUGAAAAGGUGGCGUGGAAUUUGCUACGUAACUCUGUUGUGGAUUACUGUGGAAGCCCCGUGGGAACUGUUGCGGCUAACAAUCCUGCUGACAAGCAGCCUCUCAAUUACGAUCAGGUCUUCAUUCGUGAUUUUAUCCCAUCAGCUCUUGCAUUCUUGCUCAAUGGGGAAGGGGAGAUUGUGAGGAACUUUCUCCUGCAUACUUUGCAAUUACAGAGCUGGGAGAAAACAGUGGACUGCUACAGCCCAGGCCAAGGAUUAAUGCCAGCAAGUUUUAAAGUCAGAACUGUGCCCCUUGAUGGCAGUAAUGGAGCAUUUGAGGAAGUCUUAGACCCAGAUUUUGGAGAGUCAGCGAUAGGGCGUGUUGCCCCAGUGGAUUCAGGUUUGUGGUGGAUUAUCUUGUUGAGAGCUUAUGGAAAGAUAACCGGUGAUUAUGCAUUGCAAGAAAGGGUGGAUGUUCAGACUGGCAUCAAACUGAUAAUGAAUUUGUGUUUAACUGAUGGAUUUGACAUGUUCCCUUCCCUGUUAGUCACUGAUGGCUCCUGCAUGAUAGAUCGGCGGAUGGGGAUUCAUGGCCACCCCCUUGAGAUCCAAACCUUGUUCUACUCAGCCCUGAGGUGCUCCCGUGAGAUGCUCUCUGUCAAUGAUGGAUCCAAGAAUUUGGUGAGGGCCAUCAAUAACAGACUGAGUGCAUUGUCAUUCCACAUUAGGGAAUAUUAUUGGGUUGAUAUGAAGAAGAUGAACGAAAUAUACCGCUACAAGACAGAGGAAUACUCAACAGACGCCAUCAACAAGUUCAAUAUAUAUCCCGAGCAAAUUCCUACUUGGCUAGUUGAUUGGUUUCCAGACAAAGGUGGUUAUCUCAUUGGCAAUCUACAGCCCGCUCACAUGGAUUUUAGGUUCUUCACUCUAGGCAAUCUGUGGGCCAUUGUAUCAUCUUUAAGUACUCCAAAACAAAAUGAGGGUAUUUUAAAUCUGAUUGAAGCCAAAUGGGAUGAUCUUGUGGGGCAUAUGCCUCUUAAGAUAUGCUACCCUGCUCUGGAGUAUGAGGAGUGGCGUAUAAUCACAGGCAGUGACCCAAAGAAUACACCUUGGUCCUACCACAACGGUGGUUCUUGGCCGACUCUUCUAUGGCAGUUCACCCUAGCCUGCAUUAAGAUGGGGCGUCCAGAACUGGCCAGAAAGGCGGUUGAUUUGGCAGAGCGGAGGCUCUCAGUGGAUCAGUGGCCUGAAUAUUAUGACACCAAAAAUGGAAGGUUUAUAGGCAAGCAAUCCCGGCUGUACCAGACAUGGACAAUCGCAGGGUUCCUGACUUCAAAAAUGCUAUUGGAGAAACCAGAAAUGGCAUCCUUGCUGUGCCUGGAAGAGGACUAUGAGCUGCUUGAGAUGUGUGUCUGUGCGUUGAGCAAAACUGGCCGCAUAAAGUGCUCCCGUGGUGCUGCCAGAUCACAGAUCCUUGUUUAAAUGGGACACUGAUCAUUUGAGGGCCUUGUUCCCAUACUGUACAGGGAAAUAUUACAGAACAUAACAAUAAGAGG